CCCAUACACUACGGUUUAAUUAAUGAGUUUGUACUGUCGCAAACACARUCGACUARCAACAUCUCUAGGACAGAGAAAGUCAAUUCCAGUUAAGAGGGAAACCCACAACGAUGCCGAGAGAUUUUCUUCUGAUUAUCGCCUUGCUGUUUGUGGCAUUAAAUGGUUGUAAAGCACAAGAUAGUGCAGCUGAUGAUGCUAAUGAGUGCCGUGAAUCUAAUGACACCGUCUACGCCGUGGCAUCAAUGGGUGAAUUCCCUCCACUUUACGAAACACUCCACGAUUUGUACUCAACUGUAACAACUUUCCCUGUCAUCGAGGAAUGCUCCAAAGAGACAGCUUCUCUCAACAAUUUUGAAGAAAAGGUCAAAACCCAGGCUCAGACCAUGAGUACAGCUGCACUUGCAGUAGACAGAAAAGUCAAAGAAGCUGGAAAAGCAAAAGCAUUACAAGGUGAAGCCGCUCGUCAAUCCAGUUGUGUAUGGCAGCAAUGCAGACGUCUUUAUAAAAAACAACAAGACAUGCUUUCAGCUAUAAGCGAUGGUGUCAAGGACAGGCUACUUAUUAGAGCUGAAAAAAUUGGAGGUCAAAUCAGAAACCAAACUAAAGAGUGGACCAUAGAACAAGUCAAAGAAGCUCUGGAAAAAGAGCUGUCAGAUGUAAAAGCCAUUGCAGAUGCACUAAGCCCUUCCGUUAAGGAUGUUGUAGAACCGAUCAUAACGCAAGUGAUUGCAAAUAAUGUCGCCAGUCAGGUAAACAGAAGAGUCGAAAUCGAAUAAAAUUAMCCA